AGCUGGGAUUGGACGUGCAACAACAUUCUCUACCAGAUGUUGAAAUUGUUGGAAUCAUGUGUAUCCUAGAGAACUUUUCCACUGUUACUAUUAUUCUUCUUGGUAAACUGGGAAGGCUUGGAGUUGAUGCUAAUGGUUAUGGAAACAAGGGUGUUGAAAACCUGAAAAGCAGAUUGUCUGCUUUUCUGUGCCAGAGCUCUUCAAGGAAAUUGGGCAUGCCUAGUCAAAUUGCUACCGUAAAUGCUUUACUUGGUCUCCUUCCUCUUAAUUUUGAAGAAAUUAUUAAGUGUAGUGUUGCAGAGCUGCUUCCAGCAGCAAUAAGUCAAUCUGAUCCUGCUGAUAAUUUUGAGAUGUUAACAAAAUAUAACACAUGUCAAACUAUUUUCAUAGCUCAAUCUGAACAACACAAAGGAAAUCAAGAGUAUACACAGACAAACUGUUAG